AUGAAGCAAAUCGCAAAACGUAUGCGUGAGUUGCACGACGGUGUAGACCUAGAGGAAGAGGAACUGGCAGGCGGCCCAAAGGUCUUUUACAACUGGGACAAAUGGGUUGACCGCUGCGAGCGAGUGAUCGGCUGGCUAGACAAGGAGAUCCAAUCUCCGCAGAAUGAGAGUAAAGCUGCGUCUGAGCCUUGGCGUCGACGCGGCUAUGUCUGCGGUGUUCCGUGGCCUCGGUUUCGCAAGGCCGUCGAGGAUUAUCGCAAGUGGCUUGUCGUGAGCAGUGGUGGCGUAGAGGAGAUUAAACAUCAGCUUGUGUUUGGCCACAACGACACACAAUAUGGGAACCUCCUUCGCAUGGAGCCCAGCCAGCAAUCUCCUCUCUUGCUUCCGGAGAACGAGCACAAACAACUGGUCGUCAUCGACUUUGAAUAUGCCUCUGCAAACCCUCCUGGAUUGGAGUUUGCAAACCACUUUGUGAGUUCAGCUACACGGAUAUCGCGGGUAAAUACUGACUAUCCCAAGACCGAAUGGUGCUACAACUACCACGAUACCGAGAGACCCUGGGCGUGCAAUGCUCGCGUCUACCCAACACCAGAGCAACAGCACCAAUUCAUCACUGCAUACCUAACACACCGACCAGGUCUCGGCGGUCGAGCCUCACCCUCCAUAACUCCGCUCAUGCGCCCCCUCUCCACGAGCACCUCCACCAUGACACCUCUCGAUCUCAACGCGAGCCCCGACAUGGCCCCGCAGCGGCAGACGGACAUUGAGCGCGCUCAUCAGGACAGUCUCGAGGCAGAGGCCCAGUUCCUCAUGCGCCAGACCCGGCUCUGGCGCGUCCUCAACUCCGCCCAGUGGGUGGCAUGGGGAAUCGUGCAGGCCAAGGUGCCUGAAGUCGAAGACGACGACGAAGCGAAAACUCCCACCGCGGCAACACCACCAGUAGACGGUAAUGUCGACGAGGCCGACGAAUUCGACUAUCUCGCCUACGCACAGGACAGAGCAAUGUUCUUCUGGGCAGACCUGGUAUCGUUGGGUUUCGUGAAAAAGGACCAGCUUCCGCCCUUGUUGGCUGAACAUGUCGAGGCGAGAGUUAUUGACUACUAA